AUGCUCAACGAACUAGACGUUCAAGUGGAUGCCGAAGAGAAUUCAUCUGGGCAAGAAUCCGUUUGGCGAGCUGUGUACAACCUGAUGCGUUAUCCUUCUUCCUCGUGCCAUCUUGGCCCACAUUGCUGGCAAGACCCACACGGGAAAAAGCACUAUGCGCUGAGGAGCCACCAUUUAAAACGUCUAAUUGCAUUUGUGGAAAAAGGCAACACCCUGCAGUCUCAUGAAGACGUCCCGGAAAUCUUUCGUGAAGAACUAUUUAUGGAAGAACAGCAGCGGCUGGAGAACCAACAAUCCAAGAAGAGGAAUAUGUCCAGCAUCCCAGGAAGUUGUCCCAUCAAUAUACAUUUCAAUGGGGUGCAACCUUCCUCUCAAUUGGAGACGCCUGAAUCCUCCACUUUCCCAACAAUGCCUUCGUCACCAAAGGCCCAAGUCAAUGACGCGUUUAAUAUUCCAGGACCUCGAGAUGUUGCGGUCAGAGAGUAUAGCGCAUGGCAUGAGGCGAAUGUCGCUGAUGACCAUUUGAAAGCUCAGUUUCGUCAAGCAUGCGAUAUCGCGCUGGCGAAUGGUUUCGAUCUUCAGCUUAUCUAUGAGGACCAAGAUCCGUCAUUCUUUAUCAACCAAGGGAUCAUGGUAGGUAUUGCCCGUCAAUUCGUAAGAGAUGUGGUGAAAUGGGUCAGAAGUGUGAGGAAUGUUUUGCCGAUUGAGGGUAUGUAG